AUGGAUGUCAUCACAGAGAUGUCCCAGCCAGUUGAUGGUCUUGAUGGGAAAAUGUUGGUUGUGACUGCAGAUCUUGUCGGUGGUGUAUCUGAGUCACAAGAUAGUCUUGAGGAUUUUGGCAACACGCCAACUGAAGAGCUGUCCGAACCCCAUGGAGUAACAUCAGAAGCAGGGCUCUCUCCUCAGAAUCCUACUACACCAGACACAGCUAAAACAAAGUUGCAGUCAACGGAGGCGGGAAAAGAUGGUAGAUCUCUGAUGGAGAAGCAAAAAUGGCGUGAGGUUCCAAACUCUCAAGAGAUCCUAAACACCCUGCGUUCCCAGUAUGCAGGUUUGGUCAAUCACAUGAAAGACAGAGAGAAGUUGAAAAAGCCUUCAGACGUGCAACAAUUCUUAAGAGUAGAGUUUGGAAAGAAAACACAGAGCUUCCAAGAGAUUAAAAAACUGAAGAGGCUGAUGGAGCUGAGUGCUUCUGUUUGUCUGGUGAUCAUUAAAGGGGAAGCAACAGGAACUGGCUUCCUUCUGUUUGACAAGUUCAUCCUUACAAACGCCCAUGUUGUCCAGAAAAUCUAUGAGCAAAUCACAAACAAGCUGCAACAAUCAGUAACAGUCACGUUUGACUUUGAAGACCUGGAUGAGAGAACACAAAAUAUACCAGUGAAAAGUGAGGUUGUAGCCUAUGAAAAAGAUGAUUCAGGGUAUAUUGACUUCGCCUUGCUGGAGCUUAGCGCAGAUCCUGACAUCACCUUGCCUUCAGGCUUGCUUGACACCUUCAGCUUUCCAUCUCCAGAAGGUGGAAUCUGCAUCAUCGGCCACCCCGAGUGUGGGGUGAAAAAGAAAGACCCCUGCUUUAUCAUUCCAUAUGGAGAUCGUGAACGAGCUGUAGAAAAACAUGUCAAAGAAAAUGAGGAAUUCUUGCAUGUCAUAACUAACAGAUAUUUGGUGGAGAACGGGGACAUCAAGACACGUCUACCGACGGACACAGAAAGGAUUACCUAUGACACUUGUUUCUUCCACGGUGCCUCUGGCUCUCCAGUCUUCAAUGUGUACUGCCAGCUGAUAGCUAUGCAUACAGCAGGCUACUCCUACGAGGGUAAAAGCAAGAAAACCCAGAGUAUCAUAGAGUAUGCCAUUCCCCUGUCACGCACACUUCAGAGGAUCAUCAUCCAAGCGGUGCGUAGGAAAAGAGUUGAUGUGCUACAGGGAUUCCUGAACCAGGGGAGUUGGCAAUUAGACGUAGUGCUGGAAAGAGUCAAGACAGAGUCUGUUAAUGACAGCCUGUUCACGGCAUUUCAGGAGAAGCUGCAGUUCAACAGUAACACUUCAGCUACAGAUCAGGGAGAGCAGAGAACCUUCUACCAGUUUCUCUUUGAUAGAGUGGAAGCCACAGGAGUGGAAGCCACAGGAGUGGAAGCCACAGGAGUGGAAGCCACAGGAGUGGAAGCCAUGGAGGUGGAAGAUAAUGAGUAA